AUGAACCCAACUCAAAAAAUAGACUCUGCAAGCACAGAAAUCACUAGUUUCACCAUUAACACCCCACUUAACAGUACCAACUCAAUGGUGGAUUCCACUUCUGGCUCCUCUUCCACGGCCGCAUCUCCGACAACUCUAAGCCGGUACGAGAACCAGAAGCGGCGUGACUGGAACACCUUUGGCCAGUACCUUCGAAACCACAGGCCGCCACUCUCCCUCUCCCGCUGCAGUGGAGCCCAUGUCCUUGAAUUCCUCAGAUACUUAGAUCAGUUUGGAAAAACUAAGGUUCACAAUCCGCUCUGUCCCUUUUUUGGGCACCCAAACCCGCCUGCACCAUGCCCUUGCCCCCUGCGCCAAGCCUGGGGAAGCCUUGAUGCCCUUAUAGGCCGCCUCCGGGCCGCCUAUGAAGAAAAUGGAGGCAAGCCUGAAACAAACCCCUUUGGGGCCAGAGCAGUAAGGCUUUAUUUGCGCGAAGUCCGUGAUUUGCAGUCGAAAGCUCGGGGAAUCAGCUACGAGAAGAAGAAGCGAAAGACGCCACCGCCAGACCAGCAACAUGCACUACCACCGCCAAAUUCAAGUUAG